AUGGUCGAGACUCAGUCGCCAACGGUCAUCACCGUAUCGGUGAUAUUUGCCGUUUUUACUUUUGCAGCUUUAAGUCUUCGAUUCUGGGCCCGAGCAGUCCUGGUGAAGCACAUUGGAACUGAUGAUGUUCUCAUUAUCAUUGCAUCGAUCUUCUCGUUUUUCUUUCUAGGAGCCUCAGUCCGGGCCGCGCAGCUCGGACUCGGCGCACACAUGGACGAGGUCUUCUCGCGGGGCACGGACAACCUCGUGGCGUACGCGCAGACGGUGUGGCUGUCCUCGAUCCUAUACAACGCCUGCCUGGGCUUCAUCAAGAUCUCGGUGCUGGCUCUGUACAUGCGGCUGGGCGACAAGCGGCUGCGGACGCUUGCCGUGGUCAUGAUCCUCGUGGUCGCCGCCCAGACCACGGCCAACGUCUUGGUCUGCAUCCUGCAGUGCACCCCGGUCAGGGCGGCCUACGACGUCACGAUGCCGCGGGAGGCCAAGACUUGCAUCAACAUCAAUGCCUUCUAUCUCGCCACCUCGGCCUGCAACAUCUUGACCGACCUCUUGACCUACAGCUUGCCCAUCCCUCUGGUUUUGAGGUUGCAGGUGACGAGGCCGCAGAGGGUAGGACUGGCUGUGAUGUUGUCGUUGGGGUUGUUAGCUUGUGCUUCAAGCAUCAUCCGGAUCACUUUUAUUCCCGCCCUACUGGACAGCACAGAUCCCACCUGGGAUAUCGCCCAACCAAUGUACUGGUCCGUAAUCGAGACCAACGUGGGAAUCCUUGCAGCAUCGAUCCCGAGCCUAAAGGUCAUCGCCAAGGUGUACUUCCCACGGCUGCUGGGCACGCAGAGCGGCCGCGGAGCAGCAGGAGCAGGAGGAGGAGUAGGAGGCACGGCCGGGGCGUCCUCGGGCGGCAGAGGCUGUGGCAAGUCUGGGAUUUGGACCUCGGCCCGCAGCAGCAGGCAAAGCAACCUCGACGGCUUCGAGACCAGGAUCGGCUCCCAGGAGGAGUCCUCGACCGAGGCGCUGGCGACGGCGGCGGCGGCGCCACCUCCGGACGGAAAGAUUGAGGUGACGACGCAGGUCAGCAUGGAGGUUUUUGAUAGGAGGGUGAUGGAGGAAGGGAGAGGGGCGGAGAUGUGUUGA